UCAAUCCACUGGGGCAGUUCCCCCUUGAAUCUUUCCACGUGUACCACAUCUCCUACACAUGCCACAUCCCUCUCUCUCUCUCUCUGUCUUUUACUUUCUGUGAUAUCACAGCUUUUUAAUUCAAAGCUGAUGAUCUCUCUUAUCACUAAUCGAGGACAACAGGCACCUUCAUCCAACCAAAGUUCUGUCUCUCUCAAAACUUUCUUCUUUCAUAAUAGAAGCAAACCUCAACCAAAUCUCUCGCUACCCAUUGCAUUCUUCCUUGCAUCUUUCUUAUACUCAAAAACAGCGAAGUCCCUUACAUACAACUGUACUGUCCCGGACACAGAGAGAGAAGGAGGAGUAGAAACAAGAAGCAGUACAAAUUAAUUUUGUUAAAGAACGGAAGAUGGAAAAUGGCGGGAACAAAGGUCAAGAGAAUGAUCAUGCAAAUCUUCCUUGGGAAAUAUGGGAGCUUAAUACUUCAAGAUUUGACUUGGUUAAUAGUAGUAAUAACACUGCUGCUGCUGCUGCCGACACAUUCUUCACCACCACCGCCACUAGUGUGGUGGAGAGCGGCAGCUCCUGCACCCAUCCAGAAGGCACUUCUGCACAUGGGUUCUUGUUUCCUUACCAAAACAGUUGGCUUUACCACCACAGCAACAAUAACAGUUAUCAGCAACUCUCUCUUUAUGGCGGGGAUGGGUCCAACUUGCCCCCAGACCCGCACCUAAUGUGCUUGAAGCUAGGCAAGCGACACUACUUUGAAAACAGUACUAGUAAUAACAAUCACAGCAACCACCCAGUGAGUGACCGACACGAGGUUGGUGGGUUCUCUAUAGGCAAAAGAGGCAAACCCUACUACAGCGUCGGUGGUGGUGGUGGUGCUCACGACGGACCCUCCUCUUCCACGUCAGUGAAUGUGCCGAGGUGUCAGGUGGAGGGGUGCCAUGUGGCGUUGUUGAAUGCUAAAGAUUAUCACAGGAGGCAUAAAGUUUGUGAGAUGCACUCCAAGGCUCCUAAAGUAAUUGUUCUAGGUUUGGAGCAGCGGUUCUGUCAGCAGUGUAGCAGGUUUCAUGUAGUGUCAGAGUUUGAUGAUGCAAAGAGGAGUUGUAGGAGGAGAUUGGCAGGGCACAAUGAAAGAAGAAGAAAGAGCUCUCAGGAUCCUGUUUCAAGGAAUUCCUCUCAAGAAAAAUUGAUGGCUGGGAGAUUUCCAUACAUAGCGUCGCCGACAGGAUGUGCUCUCUCUCUUCUGUCAUCCAAAGCUGAUUCCUGGGUUUCUCCUUCUGAUCUCUCCUCAAGAUCAAGUGCCGCACUACGUGAAUUGAUUGCAGAACACCGCACAGCCAUCCUAUCUAGACAGCUUGUUCUUGAAAAACACUUGCACCACCAUGCCAUGGAAGACCUUGGUGAGUCCCAACCUAGCUCCAAUUUUCUUAUAACCCAUCAGCAACAAGUGCUGUCCGAGCCACACAAUUGGGGCCGGUUAAACGACACCAGCACGCAUGUGACUUUGGACCUCAUGCAGGCUCCAAGUUCAGCAUUCGGAUUCUUGUCUCCCAGAGGGAAAAAUAAAGAAGAGGAAGAAGAGUGUUCUGAGUUAUGGAGCACCAUGGAAGGAGCCCAUGUAGUUUAAAAUUAAUCUACAACACCUACUUUAUUCUUUUGCAUUUGGUGUUAAUUGUUUGGUCAGUGAGGCUUUUGGAUCGUUCAACUUGCUGUAUAAUUCUUUCUUGUUUGAUUUGAAACUUUUUUUUUAUUCGGUCUCUAAUUUUUACCAUAAUUAAUUUUCAUAGUUCAAUUCAAUUGUGUACAGUGACUGGAAUAAUCAAUGCACUUGGAGCAAUUUGCCAAUUGAA